AACCUUAGGGCAAGAUGCUGGGGACAGGUCCCACCACGGCCACCGCCAGUGCCGCCACUUCUAGCAAUGUGAGCGUUCUGCAGCAGUUCGCCAGUGGACUGAAGAGCCGGAAUGAGGAGACCAGAGCCAAAGCGGCCAAGGAGCUGCAGCACUAUGUCACCAUGGAGCUUCGAGAGAUGAGCCAAGAGGAGUCUACACGCUUCUACGACCAGCUGAACCAUCACAUUUUUGAACUGGUUUCCAGCUCAGAUGCCAAUGAGAGGAAAGGUGGCAUCUUGGCCAUCGCCAGCCUCAUAGGAGUGGAAGGUGGAAAUUCCACCAGGAUUGGCAGAUUUGCCAACUACCUUCGGAACCUUCUCCCCUCAAGUGAUCCAGUUGUCAUGGAGAUGGCUUCCAAGGCCAUUGGCCGCCUUGCUAUGGCCGGGGAUACUUUCACUGCUGAGUACGUGGAGUUUGAAGUGAAACGAGCCUUGGAAUGGCUGGGUGCUGACCGCAACGAGGGUCGGAGACACGCAGCUGUCCUCGUUCUCCGUGAGCUGGCCAUCAGUGUCCCCACUUUCUUCUUCCAGCAAGUGCAACCCUUCUUUGACAACAUUUUUGUGGCCGUGUGGGACCCCAAGCAGGCCAUCCGAGAGGGAGCUGUGGCUGCCCUUCGUGCCUGUCUGAUUCUCACCACCCAGCGGGAGCCGAAGGAGAUGCAGAAGCCUCAGUGGUACAGGCACACAUUUGAAGAAGCAGAGAAAGGGUUUGAUGAGACCCUGGCCAAAGAGAAGGGCAUGAAUCGAGACGAUCGAAUCCACGGGGCCUUGCUGAUCCUCAACGAGCUGGUCCGCAUCAGCAGCAUGGAGGGAGAGCGUCUGAGAGAAGAGAUGGAGGAAAUCACCCAGCAGCAGCUGGUGCAUGACAAGUACUGCAAAGACCUGAUGGGCUUCGGGACAAAGCCCCGACACAUCACCCCCUUCACCAGUUUCCAGGCUGUGCAGCCCCAGCAGUCGAACGCCUUGGUGGGACUGCUGGGGUACAGCUCCCACCAAGGCCUCAUGGGAUUCGGGGCUUCCCCCAGCCCUACCAAAUCCACUUUGGUGGAAAGCCGCUGUUGCAGGGACUUGAUGGAAGAGAAAUUUGAUCAGGUGUGCCAGUGGGUGCUGAAAUGCAGGAGCAGCAAGAACUCACUGAUCCAAAUGACAAUCCUUAAUCUGUUACCCCGCUUGGCUGCGUUCCGACCCUCUGCCUUCACAGAUACUCAGUACCUCCAGGAUACCAUGAACCAUGUCCUUAGCUGUGUCAAAAAGGAGAAGGAACGGACUGCAGCAUUCCAGGCCCUGGGGCUGCUUUCUGUGGCCGUGAGGUCCGAGUUUAAGGUCUACUUGCCCCGUGUACUGGACAUCAUCCGAGCAGCGCUGCCUCCGAAGGACUUUGCCCACAAGAGGCAGAAAACCGUGCAGGUGGAUGCCACAGUAUUCACGUGCAUCAGCAUGCUGGCACGAGCAAUGGGGCCAGGCAUCCAGCAGGACAUCAAGGAGCUGCUGGAGCCCAUGUUAGCAGUGGGCCUGAGCCCUGCACUUACUGCUGUGCUCUAUGACCUGAGCCGGCAGAUUCCGCAGCUGAAGAAAGAUAUCCAGGAUGGGCUCCUGAAGAUGCUGUCCCUGGUCCUUAUGCACAAACCCCUCCGACACCCAGGCAUGCCCAAGGGCCUGGCCCACCAACUGGCCUCCCCUGGCCUUACCACCCUCCCUGAGGCCAGCGAUGUGGCCAGCAUUACUCUUGCCCUUAGAACCCUGGGAAGCUUCGAGUUCGAAGGCCACUCUCUGACCCAGUUUGUCCGCCACUGUGCGGAUCACUUCCUGAACAGUGAACACAAGGAGAUCCGCAUGGAAGCUGCCCGCACCUGCUCCCGCCUGCUCACACCCUCCAUCCACCUCAUCAGUGGCCAUGCGCAUGUGGUUAGCCAGACUGCAGUGCAAGUGGUGGCAGAUGUGCUCAGCAAGCUGCUGGUGGUUGGGAUAACAGACCCUGACCCUGAUAUCCGCUAUUGUGUCUUGGCAUCCCUGGAUGAGCGCUUUGAUGCCCACCUGGCCCAGGCUGAAAACUUACAGGCCCUGUUUGUGGCUCUAAAUGACCAGGUCUUCGAGAUCCGAGAGCUGGCCAUCUGCACUGUGGGCCGACUCAGUAGCAUGAACCCAGCCUUCGUCAUGCCUUUCCUACGCAAGAUGCUUAUCCAGAUUCUGACAGAGCUGGAGCACAGUGGCAUUGGGAGAAUCAAGGAACAGAGUGCCCGCAUGCUGGGGCACCUGGUCUCCAACGCCCCCCGGCUCAUCCGCCCCUAUAUGGAGCCCAUUCUGAAGGCUUUAAUUUUGAAACUGAAAGAUCCAGACCCUGACCCAAACCCGGGAGUGAUCAAUAACGUAUUGGCCACCAUCGGAGAACUGGCUCAGGUGAGGAAUGGCUUCUCUUCCCAUAGGUGGAAGGAAACUCUUUAUGUGCCUGUGCUUACCCUUCUUGUACUGGUUCAAUAAACAUGUGGCCUUUUGUCCAUUCAGGUGGCUCUGUGGACCCUGGGACAGUUGGUAGCUAGCACCGGCUAUGUGGUGGAGCCCUACAGGAAAUACCCCACUCUGCUCGAGGUGCUGCUGAAUUUCUUGAAGACUGAGCAGAACCAGGGCACACGGAGAGAGGCUAUCCGAGUGUUAGGGCUCCUUGGGGCUCUGGAUCCCUACAAGCACAAAGUGAACAUUGGCAUGAUUGACCAAUCCCGGGACGCUUCGGCUGUCAGCCUGUCAGAAUCCAAGUCAAGUCAGGAUUCCUCUGACUACAGCACCAGUGAAAUGCUGGUCAACAUGGGAAACCUGCCCCUGGAUGAGUUCUACCCAGCUGUGUCCAUGGUGGCCUUGAUGCGGAUCUUCCGAGACCAGUCCCUCUCUCACCACCACACCAUGGUGGUUCAGGCCAUCACCUUCAUCUUCAAGUCCCUGGGGCUCAAGUGUGUGCAGUUCCUGCCCCAAGUCAUGCCCACGUUCCUUAAUGUCAUCCGGGUGUGUGACGGGGCCAUCCGGGAAUUUCUGUUCCAGCAGCUGGGAAUGCUGGUGUCCUUCGUGAAGAGCCACAUCCGCCCAUACAUGGAUGAAAUAGUCACCCUCAUGAGAGAAUUCUGGGUCAUGAACACCUCGAUCCAGAGCACGAUCAUUCUUCUCAUUGAGCAAAUCGUGGUGGCUCUUGGCGGUGAGUUUAAGCUCUACCUUCCCCAGCUGAUCCCACACAUGCUGCGCGUCUUCAUGCACGACAACAGCCAAGGCCGCAUCGUCUCCAUCAAGCUGCUGGCAGCGAUCCAGCUGUUUGGUGCCAACCUGGAUGACUAUCUGCACUUGCUAUUGCCUCCGAUUGUGAAAUUGUUUGAUGCCCCCGAAGUCCCGCUGCCAUCGAGGAAGGCCGCCUUGGAGACAGUGGACCGCCUCACAGAGUCCCUGGAUUUCACCGACUAUGCCUCCCGGAUCAUUCACCCUAUCGUUCGGACACUGGACCAGAGCCCCGAGCUGCGCUCCACAGCCAUGGAUACACUCUCUUCGCUGGUCUUUCAGCUGGGGAAGAAGUACCAGAUCUUCAUCCCCAUGGUGAAUAAAGUCCUAGUGCGACACCGGAUCAAUCACCAGCGCUACGACGUGCUCAUCUGCAGAAUCGUCAAAGGGUACACACUUGCUGAUGAGGAAGAAGACCCUCUGAUCUACCAGCACCGGAUGCUGAGGAGUGGCCAAGGAGAUGCGCUGGCCAGUGGACCAGUUGAAACAGGACCCAUGAAGAAGCUGCAUGUCAGCACCAUCAACCUCCAAAAGGCCUGGGGAGCUGCCAGAAGGGUCUCCAAAGAUGACUGGCUGGAGUGGCUGAGACGGCUGAGUCUGGAGUUGCUGAAGGACUCCUCAUCACCUUCCCUGCGCUCGUGCUGGGCCCUGGCACAGGCCUACAACCCAAUGGCCAGGGAUCUUUUCAAUGCUGCAUUUGUGUCCUGCUGGUCUGAACUGAAUGAAGACCAACAAGAUGAGCUCAUCAGAAGCAUUGAGUUGGCCCUCACUUCUCAAGACAUUGCCGAAGUCACACAGACCCUCUUAAACUUGGCUGAGUUCAUGGAACACAGUGACAAGGGCCCCCUGCCACUGAGAGAUGACAAUGGCAUCGUGCUUUUGGGUGAGAGAGCUGCCAAGUGCCGAGCAUAUGCAAAAGCCCUACACUACAAAGAACUGGAGUUCCAGAAAGGGCCCACUCCUGCCAUACUUGAGUCCCUCAUCAGCAUUAACAAUAAGCUACAACAGCCUGAGGCAGCUUCUGGUGUGUUAGAAUAUGCCAUGAAACACUUUGGAGAGCUGGAGAUCCAGGCCACCUGGUAUGAGAAACUGCAUGAGUGGGAGGAUGCUCUUGUGGCCUAUGAUAAGAAGAUGGACACGAACAAGGAUGACCCAGAGCUGAUGCUGGGCCGCAUGCGCUGUCUUGAAGCCUUGGGGGAAUGGGGGCAGCUUCAUCAGCAGUGCUGUGAAAAGUGGACUCUAGUGAACGAUGAGACCCAGGCCAAGAUGGCCCGGAUGGCCGCUGCAGCAGCGUGGGGUUUAGGUCAGUGGGACAGCAUGGAGGAGUACACCUGUAUGAUUCCUCGGGAUACCCACGAUGGAGCAUUUUACAGAGCUGUGCUGGCCUUACAUCAGGAUCUCUUCUCCUUGGCCCAACAGUGCAUUGACAAGGCCAGGGACCUGCUGGAUGCUGAGCUGACUGCCAUGGCAGGGGAGAGCUACAGCCGAGCCUACGGGGCCAUGGUUUCUUGCCAUAUGCUGUCCGAGCUGGAGGAGGUUAUCCAGUACAAACUUGUCCCUGAGCGACGGGAGAUCAUCCGCCAGAUCUGGUGGGAGAGACUGCAGGGCUGCCAGCGUAUUGUGGAAGACUGGCAGAAAAUCCUCAUGGUGCGGUCCCUUGUGGUCAACCCUCAUGAGGACAUGAGAACCUGGCUCAAGUACGCAAGCCUGUGUGGCAAGAGCGGCAGACUGGCUCUUGCUCAUAAAACCUUAGUGUUGCUCUUGGGAGUUGAUCCAUCUCGGCAACUGGACCAUCCUCUGCCAACAGUUCACCCUCAAGUGACCUACGCCUACAUGAAAAACAUGUGGAAGAGCGCUCGCAAGAUCGAUGCUUUCCAGCACAUGCAGCAUUUUGUCCAGACCAUGCAGCAGCAGGCCCAGCAUGCCAUUGCCACUGAGGACCAGCAGCACAAGCAGGAGCUGCACAAGCUCAUGGCCAGGUGUUUUCUGAAACUUGGAGAGUGGCAGCUGAACCUUCAGGGCAUCAACGAGAGCACCAUCCCCAAGGUGCUGCAGUACUACAGUGCUGCCACAGAGCAUGACCGCAGCUGGUACAAGGCUUGGCAUGCAUGGGCAGUGAUGAACUUUGAAGCAGUGCUGCACUAUAAACAUCAGAACCAAGCCCGGGAUGAGAAGAAGAAGCUGCGUCAUGCUAGCGGGGCCAACAUCACCAAUGCCACCACUGCUGCCACCACAGCUGCCUCAGCCGCUGCUGCCACCAGCACAGAGGGCAGCAACAGCGAGAGUGAGGCUGAGAGCACUGAAAACAGCCCCACUCCCUCCCCUCUGCAGAAGAAGGUCACCGAGGAUUUGUCCAAAACCCUCUUGCUGUACACUGUCCCUGCCGUCCAGGGCUUCUUCCGUUCUAUCUCCUUGUCGAGAGGCAACAACCUGCAGGAUACACUCAGAGUUCUCACCUUGUGGUUUGAUUAUGGUCAUUGGCCAGAUGUCAAUGAAGCCUUGGUGGAAGGGGUGAAGGCCAUACAGAUUGACACUUGGUUGCAGGUUAUACCCCAGCUCAUUGCAAGGAUCGACACACCCAGACCCUUGGUGGGCCGGCUCAUUCACCAGCUUCUUACAGACAUUGGUCGCUACCACCCCCAGGCCCUCAUCUACCCCCUAACGGUGGCUUCCAAGUCUACCACAACAGCCCGCCACAAUGCGGCCAACAAGAUCCUGAAGAACAUGUGUGAGCACAGUAACACCCUGGUCCAGCAAGCCAUGAUGGUGAGCGAAGAGCUAAUUCGAGUCGCCAUCCUCUGGCACGAGAUGUGGCAUGAAGGCCUGGAAGAGGCAUCACGCUUGUACUUUGGGGAGAGGAAUGUGAAAGGCAUGUUUGAGGUGCUGGAGCCCCUGCAUGCUAUGAUGGAGCGGGGCCCCCAGACUCUGAAGGAAACAUCCUUUAACCAGGCAUAUGGUCGCGAUUUAAUGGAGGCACAGGAAUGGUGCAGGAAGUACAUGAAAUCAGGGAACGUCAAGGACCUCACCCAAGCCUGGGACCUCUAUUAUCACGUGUUCAGGCGGAUCUCCAAGCAGUUACCCCAGCUCACAUCCCUGGAGCUGCAGUAUGUUUCCCCCAAACUUCUGAUGUGCCGGGACCUUGAAUUGGCUGUGCCAGGAACCUAUGACCCCAACCAGCCAAUCAUCCGCAUUCAGUCCAUAGCCCCAUCUCUGCAAGUCAUCACGUCCAAGCAGAGGCCCCGGAAGUUGACCCUGAUGGGCAGCAAUGGGCACGAGUUUGUUUUUCUCCUGAAAGGCCACGAAGAUCUGCGGCAGGAUGAGCGAGUGAUGCAGCUCUUUGGCCUGGUGAACACGCUCCUGGCCAAUGACCCAACUUCUCUUCGGAAAAAUCUCAGUAUCCAGAGAUAUGCAGUCAUCCCUCUGUCUACCAACUCGGGCCUCAUUGGCUGGGUCCCCCACUGCGACACCCUGCACGCCCUCAUCCGGGACUACAGGGAGAAGAAGAAGAUCCUCCUGAACAUUGAGCAUCGCAUCAUGCUGCGGAUGGCUCCCGACUAUGAUCACCUGACUCUGAUGCAGAAGGUGGAGGUGUUUGAGCACGCUGUCAACAACACAGCCGGGGACGACCUGGCCAAGCUACUGUGGCUGAAAAGCCCCAGCUCAGAGGUGUGGUUUGACCGAAGAACCAACUAUACCCGCUCCUUAGCCGUCAUGUCAAUGGUUGGAUACAUUUUAGGCCUGGGAGACAGACACCCGUCCAACCUGAUGCUGGACCGGCUGAGCGGGAAGAUCCUGCACAUCGACUUCGGGGACUGUUUUGAGGUUGCUAUGACCAGAGAGAAAUUUCCAGAAAAGAUUCCAUUUAGACUAACAAGAAUGUUGACCAAUGCUAUGGAGGUUACAGGUCUGGAUGGCAACUACAGAACCACAUGCCACACGGUGAUGGAAGUGCUUCGGGAACAUAAGGACAGUGUCAUGGCUGUACUGGAAGCCUUUGUCUAUGACCCUUUGCUGAACUGGAGGCUAAUGGACACAAAUACCAAAGGCAAUAAGCGGUCUCGAACAAGGACAGACUCCUACUCUGCAGGCCAGUCAGUAGAAAUUUUGGAUGGUGUAGAACUUGGAGAACCAGCCCACAAGAAAGCAGGAACCACGGUGCCAGAAUCCAUCCACUCUUUCAUUGGAGAUGGUUUGGUGAAACCAGAAGCCUUAAACAAGAAAGCUAUUCAGAUUAUUAACAGGGUUCGAGAUAAGCUUACUGGUCGGGAUUUCUCUCAUGACGACACCUUGGAUGUUCCAACCCAAGUGGAGCUGCUCAUCAAGCAGGCGACAUCCCAUGAAAACCUCUGCCAGUGCUACAUUGGCUGGUGUCCCUUCUGGUAACCAGAGCCUGGCAAACCACACCAUUUCCUCAGACGCUUUUGUACCUUGGUCUGUGCUUCCAGUGGACUGAAUCCAAGGGCAUAAAGUUGGACUUUGCUAAAUAUUUUGAACUGUAUAUGAAAAAAACUACUGUAUAUUCAAAGUUGGUCUGAACCAACCUCCUUGCUGCUGUUGAAAAGACUGUCAGAAACACAAGGCUUGAUUCAGUUCCCGGACAGUGAAACACAGAAAUCCUACAGAAAGCAAGCCUUCAAUUUUGGGGGGAAAGAUGAUGGGUAACUAAAAAAUACGGGUUUUGACUUGACUUACAAGAGAACUCAUCACAAGCAUUUCCUGCAGAAAAAUAUAGUCCAUUCUCUCAACCCAGGGACAGUGGACUCAGCACAGUCAAGUAUGCCCGCGGCCUGGAGAACACGGACCAGGGGCUCCAACACAGUGAUGCAGACUUCAGUACUCCACCCAUCCUGUUACCUCACCGGUCCCUGGGCAGCAGUGGCAACAUUUGCAGGAUGGGCCAAAGUGGGUGAGAAGAUCUGUCUUCUGCUUGACCCCAUGAUGCUGAAGUCACAAGACCUGACCUUCCAGGAGGACAGUUUGCUCAGACACCAGGCCACCACGUGUGAGCAGGUGUGCCACGGAUCCCAGUGCAAAGGGGGUGCAUCGUCCCUGCUGUGUUGGAAGAGGGAUGAGUACACUGUGUUUGGAACAGGGGCUCACAACACAAGUGCUGUCGUGGAGGUGCUGAUCACAGAGGGAUAGACAUACUAGAACAGGUCGGGAACUCUGAGCAAAGCAAAUAUCCAACUAAAUACACAAAAGUAUAAAGUGAAGCCACAUCUAGACACCAUGUUGUAUCUGAGUAAUUUUUGUGCCAAUAAAUGACAUUAGAAUUUUAAAAACA